AUGCAUUCCAAGCUCCUCCUCCUCUCGGCCUUGGCCGCCGCCGGCCCGGCCGCCGCCGAGACGGUCCUCGGCGUCUACGUCUUCCACCGCCACGGCGACCGCACCAGCAAGUCCUACCCGCCGACGAGCCUGACCGCCCUCGGCGCCGACCAGGUGCACGACUCGGGCGCCUUUUACCGCGCCCGCUACGUCGCCCAAAACGGCUCCGUCAAGAUCGCCGCCCUCUCCGACGGCGCCGUCGUCCUCUCCCAGCUCAGCGUCACCUCCCCCAAGGACGGCGUCCUCCACAACUCGGCCGUCACCUUUCUCCAGGGCCUCUACCCGCCCCGCGGCGAUGCGGGUAACGAGACCCUCGCCGACGGCCGCUCCGUCCAGGCCCCGCUCGGCGGCUACCAGUUCAUCCCCGUCGACGCCAUCUCCGACGCUGCCACCAUUGAAAAGGCGGAGAGCAACGCCUGGCUCCAGGGCAACACGGGCUGCACAAACGCCGAGGUCAGCUCCAAGAGCUACUUUUCCUCGGAUGAGUUCACCAAGACCUCGGCCGACUCCAAGGACUUUUACCAGUCCCUCCUGCCCGUCAUCAACUCGACCUUUGCCUCCACCGAAGCCACUUUCAAGAAUGCUUACACCAUCUUUGACUAUGUCAAUGUUGCCUCUAUCCACAACAAGACUAUUCCGUCUGGUGACCUUGUAAAACCCGCCAUGCCCCGUUUGCUCACACUUGCCUCCGACCACGAGUGGAACCUGGCCUACAACAAGUCCGAGGCCGUCCGCGCCAUUGCCGGCUCCGUCCUCGCCGGCCAGAUUCUCGGUGCCCUCGACGCCCUCGCCAAGGGCACCAAGGGCUCACCCACCUUCAAUGCCCAGUUUGGCGCCUACGGCACCUUGAUGGCCUUCUUCGGCCUAGCCCGCCUGCCCGCUGCCAGUGCCGACUUUUACGGCAUCUGUAACUACGCCUCCUCCAUGACAUUUGAGCUCGUCACCAACGCCACCGCCGGCUCCGACGGCAAGUACAAGCCCGAAGACCUCUCCGUCCGCUUCUUCUUCGCCAACGGCACCGCCACCAGCGACUCCUUCAAGCAAUGGCCCCUCUUCGCCCAGACAGAGACCACCCUCUCCUGGCCUACCUUCAAGGACCGCAUGAACGAGUUUGCCAUCCAGGACAAUGCCCACUGGUGCAGCAUCUGCGGCAGCACCUCGGGCAAGUGCGCCGCUAACAGCACCUCGCCCGACGGCGGUUCCGCCUCCACCAAUUCCUCAGGCGGUGUCUCCCGCCCCGUUGCCGGUGUUAUUGGUGCUCUUGUUGCCCUUGCCGUCAUCCUCGGUGUCCAGGCCGCCGUUAUGCUCUUUGGCGGCUUCCGCCUCAUGAAGAAGUCCUCUCUUCGCCCCCAGGCCAACACGGAAGCUGGCAUCAAGGCUUAG